UACCAGGGAUGAAGAUGUAUAUGAAACUUUUAAUGUCUUAAUGAGAAGGAAGCCAAAGGAAAACAAUUUCAAAGCUGUUCUUGAAACGAUUCGCGAUUUAAUGCAAAGUGAAUUGGUGGUACCAGAUUGGUUACAUAACAUAUUCUUGGGUUAUGGUCACCCUGGUAACGCUCAUUAUUCCAUGAUGCCAAAUCGACCGAAAGAAAUUGAUUUUCGAGAUACUUUUUUAAAUUACGAACAUUUGGUUGAAAGUUUUCCUGGCAAAGAUAUUUUACCAGCUGAAGGGUUUAAAGCACCCAUUCCACCACCUUACAUCCUACAAUUUUCUGAGAAUAUUCAAAUCUCAAAAAAGAGGAAAGUUGAUGAUUCUGAAAAUAUAAACCCUUCUCAGUCUAAUGUAAACCCAGAUCAGAUAUUGGUCAAAACAUAUAGUUUACCAAAUAUGGGACCUUAUCCAUUUAAUCAGCCUAAAAAAAAUGUCAUUAAAUUUACUCCCGUACAAGUGGAAGCUAUUAAAGCAGGAACCAACCCUGGUCUUACUAUGGUCGUCGGUCCUCCAGGUACCGGUAAAACAGACGUAGCUGUUCAGAUUAUUGCCAAUCUAUAUCAUAACUUUACUGAUCAGCACACAUUAUUGGUUACACAUAGUAACCAAGCUCUGAAUCAGUUAUUUGAGAAGAUUAUGGCUCUUGAUGUUGAUGAGAGACAUUUACUUAGAUUGGGUCAUGGUGAAGAGGAACUCAAUACAGAACUGAGUUUUAGCAAAUAUGGCAGAGUCAAUUCAUUUUUGGAAAAACGUCUAUCGUUGCUUUCGGAAGUAGAUCGUCUUGCCAAAUCAUUACAGAUUGGUGGUGAAUAUGGAUAUACAUGUGAAACUGCUGGAUAUUUUUAUUUGUAUCAUGUAUUGUCGAAAUGGGAGCCUUACAUUGAUAAAUGUAGGCAAGGAUUAAUAAAUAAGAAUUUCGAUGUAGAAAAAAUAAGGAAUGAGUUCCCUUUCACCGCAUAUUUUAAUGAUGCCCCCCAACCACUAUUCCCUGAAGAUGCAAGUUAUGAAGAUACCUUAGAAAUUGCCGAGGGGUGUUUCCGUCAUAUAGAAAAAGUAUUUACAGAACUUGAGGAGAUUCGUGGAUUCGAAUUACUUAGAACUAGUUAUGAUAGAGCUAAUUAUUUAUUAACGAAGGAAGCUAAAAUUAUUGCUAUGACUUGUACUCAUGCGGCGUUAAAACGGCGCGAAUUGGUUUCUUUAGGAUUUAAAUAUGAUAACGUAGUAAUGGAAGAGGCAGCACAAAUUUUGGAAGUCGAAACAUUCAUUCCUUUGUUAUUACAAGAAACUGAAGAUGGUCGAAGUAGAUUGAAAAGAGUGAUUAUGAUUGGUGAUCAUAAUCAAUUACCACCUGUAGUGAAAAACAUGGCUUUUCAAAAAUUUGGAAACAUGGAACAAAGUUUAUUCACUAGAUUUGUUAGACUUGGUGUUCCAACCAUUGAUCUAGAUGCUCAGGGACGUGCUAGGCCCUCUAUAGCGAAAUUAUAUAAUUGGCGUUACAAAAAUUUGGGUGAUUUGUCAUCAGUAAUUGAAAAGGAUGAAUAUAAAAAUGCUAACGCUGGUUUUAUAUACGAAUACCAAUUAAUAAAUGUUGAAGAAUUUAUGGGUAAAGGUGAAAGUGAGCCUGUUCCAUAUUUCUAUCAGAAUCUUGGAGAAGCAGAAUAUGUCGUUGCAGUAUAUCAAUAUAUGCGAUUGUUGGGUUAUCCAGCUGAAAAGAUUACAAUCCUAACAACUUAUAAUGGGCAGAAAGCUUUAAUAAGGGAUGUUUUGAGCCAACGAUGUUCAUGGAAUCCUUUAUUUGGUCGCCCAGCUAAAGUUACAACAGUUGAUAAGUUUCAAGGACAACAAAAUGAUUAUAUCCUUUUAUCUCUGGUUCGUACGAAAACUGUUGGGCAUAUACGAGACGUUAGACGUCUUAUUGUGGCUAUGUCUCGUGCUAGAUUGGGUCUUUACGUAUUUUGUCGCAGGUCUAUAUUCGAAAAUUGUUAUGAAUUAGCACCUACAUUUAAUAAACUUUUGGAACGUUCAGAUAAAUUACAAUUAAAAAUUAAUGAAAUGUGGCCCUCAAAUAGAAAGUUCGAUGAUUAUAGUGAUGUAUAUGCAAUUGCAGAUGUUACACAUAUUGGAAAAUACGUAUAUCAAAUGAUGCAAGAACAAUUAGCUUUUGCAAAAGAGCAAAAGGCUAAAAUGGAAGCAGCGGAAGCAGAAGAAGCAGCAGAUUCAUUAAAUAAGAUGGAUUUUAAUAAAGAUGUAGAAGAUAAGGAGAAUGGCAUUGAGGAAAAUGAUGAAGAAAAUGAGGAAGAAAAUGAGGACGAUAACGAAGAUGGGGAAGAAAUGGACGCGGAAUGA